AGUAUGACAUAUUGUUGACGGUAGCGCGUGACGUUUGUCAUUGUAGUUGCGAGUCAGUAGCCCGGACACUUUCAGUUGCGUUUCACUAGUGUUUAAUGCCCACAUUUCGCGCUGUACUAGGAUCCGAAACGGAGACUGGUUCUCUGACAUCGCUGUUAUUUGGUGAGAUUACAACGUGCUUGCUUAUAAAGUCCACUGGAUCAGUAAGGCCAGUGUUUAGUGACGUUCCAACAACGCUGAGAAUCAAAACACAUUGACAGAGAUGGAGAAGCAUCAGGUGGUUCCCGAUGUCAUCGAUCAAGUACCAUGCAACGUUCUUAAGGUCUGUAAAAGUACUAGAUAAAUGUUGCUCAUGGCUCAAACAAGUGACAGGGAUAACAGCGGUAGAAUAUCCCAAUGGUUUCCAGUGCGCGUUGGGAAACAUUUUGACUCCGACGCAAGUGAGGGACCAACCAAAGGUGAGCUGGACGGCUGAACCUGGAGCACUUUAUACACUGGUCAUGGCUGACCUUGAUGCGCCUUGCCGAGAGGAGCCGACUUUGAAAGAAGUGAAGCAUUGGGUCGUGGGUAACAUCGAAAAUGGACAACUGGACAGGGGAGAGACGCUUGUGGGUUAUCGAGGUUCGAGGCCACCAAAAAACAGCGGUCUUCACCGCUACGUAUUCUUGUUAUAUAAGCAAGCUGGGCGAAUUACGUUUGGUGAAACACCAAUACCAAGUAACUCACGGGAAGGAAGGUUCAAAUGGAAGGUACGCGAUUUCGCCCGAAAGCAUUGCCUAGGGGAGCCUGUUGCUGGGAACUUUUACCAGGCUGAAUGGGAACCCUACGUCGACGAGUGGAAGGCCACCGAAGGACUUUAACAUAAAUAGGCUCAAUCUACUCGACAUAUGUCGAGUAAAUUGUAUAAAUGUCGAGAAAGUAACGCAAUAGAAAACCUGUCGUUCGGUUGCUCUCAAAAGAACGUGACUGCUUUGUAAAUUGAAUUGUUGACGUCUACUGCAUCCCCGAUUUCACACAAAGUCAAGUGAAUGCAAGCUGGAUUAACUCAAACACCAUAAGGGUUACCUACCUGUCAGAUAUCUAUAUCAUAAAGAACUGUCGAAAUGUUAAAAAAACUAUAAAUAUAUAUUUGAGAUGUUAUUUUUUUAUUGAAAGUCACGACAAAUAUAUCAAUCUUGUAUCCUGCUCCUA